AUGCUUUCGCUCUUUUCUUUCGUUGGGUUCGUUUUCUAAAAUCUGAACCAACAUUGAAAACACUCGCUUUGACACAUAAGCAAAAAAGAAAAGAAAAGAAAAUCUUUCUUUCUCUUGUGCAAUUAUAAUUUGUUUUUCCCUUCUUGACCUUUAUACUUUCCCAUUCACACCACCUUGUUAUAUUUCCUUCUCAUCUUUUCCCGAUUUUCGUUCUAUCAAAAUCGAUUUCGUUGCUUUCUCUAGACUCUUAGUUAUGGAGGGACAUCAUCAUCAUCAACAUCAUCAAUCUCAUCAGCAGCAUCACUUGAGCAACGUUGUUGUGGAUACUGGGGUAGGUGAUAGGUUUCCUCAAUGGAGUAUUCAUGAAACUAAAGAGUUCUUAAUGAUUCGAUCGGAACUAGAUCGUAAUUUCAUGGAGACCAAAAGGAACAAGCUUCUCUGGGACGUUAUCGCUUCAAGAAUGAAAGAAAAAGGUUAUAAUAGAAGCGCAGAGCAGUGCAAGUGUAAAUGGAAAAACCUAGUCACUCGUUACAAGGGAUGUGAGACAAUGGAAGCAGAAGCUGUGAGGCAACAAUUCCCAUUCUUCAAUGAGAUUCAAGCGAUUUUCGCAGCGAGAAUGCAAAGAAUGCUAUGGGCAGAGGCGGAAGGAGGAGCGAGCGGGUCGAAGAAGAAGCCGAUGAACUUAUCAUCUGAAGAGGAAGAGGAGAAUGAAGAAAGUGAUCAAGGAGAGAAAGGUAGCACGAAGAAGAGGAGAAAGGGUAAGAGUAUUGCUGCAAAUGUUACUGGGCCUAGUAGUGGUAGUACUAAUAAUAAUGUAAGAGAGAUUUUGGAGGAUUUCAUGAAGCAGCAGAUGCAAAUAGAAAUGCAAUGGAGAGAGGCGUUCGAGGCAAGAGAGAAGGAGAGGCUGAUGAAGGAGAUGGAGUGGAGGCAGACCAUGGAAGCAUUGGAGAAUGAGAGGAUAAUGACGGAUAGGAGGUGGAGAGAAAGAGAAGAACAAAGAAUGAUGAGAGAGGAAGCAAGAGCCGAGAAGAGGGAUGCACUUAUUACAGCACUAUUGAACAAGCUAAGAAGAGAGGAUCAUAUGUAGCAAUGGAUGGGAUAAUGUUGUUUUUGUUGUUGUUGUUUUGGACAAGAAAGGAAGCCCUUGAGAGGUUUGUCCUGGAACUAGAUCUCUUCAAUAACAUUUUGUAGUUUUUUUUUUACGUUCACAGAAUUCUUCUAAUCAUGAUAUCCUUUUUGCCCAAUGCAUGAGGGUUCGUUUUGAAUGCAAUCUUGUCUUUUGUUCGAUCAAUAUUGAAGUUGCUUCUGUAUAUGUUACAA